AUGGAAGGCUUUACCUUGCUUCUAUUCUGCCUUGUCAUGUUGAAUACUAUAUUAGCCACCACAGUCAGAGACACAGUUAAUACAGUGCAGCCAAUCAAUGAUGGCCAGAUCAUAGUUUCAGCUGGAGAAAUCUUUGCACUGGGAUUCUUCAGUCCGCGAAAUUCCAAAAGCCGUUAUCUUGGAAUUUGGUAUCAUAAAAUCCCAACACAGACAGUAGUAUGGGUUGCCAACAGAGACAACCCUCUCACUGAUUCAUCAGGGGUUUUGAAAAUCAACGAAACUGGAAUUCUAGUCCUUCUCAACCAUAACAAGAGUGUUAUUUGGUCUUCCAAUUCAACAAGGACAGGACAAUAUCCGGUUGCAAAGCUUUUGGAUUCUGGAAAUUUCGUUGUACAGGAUGGCAUUAACAAUGAUGAUCCUAAUGAUUUACUGUGGCAAAGUUUUGAUUAUCUAGUAGAUACACUCUUGCCUGGCCAAAAGUUUGGAAGAAAUUUAGUUACGGGCUCCAACCGAUACAUGUCAUCAUGGAAUAGCUCUGAUGAUCCAUCUCAAGGUAAAUAUAGUUAUCAAUUUGAUAUUAGUGGAUAUCCACAAUUGGUUUUAAGAGAAGGCACUGGCAAAAGAUUUCGUGUUGGAUCAUGGAAUGGUGUUCAGUUUAGUGGGACACCUCAGGUGAAACAACACGGUGAAUAUAGAUUUAAUUUAGUUUCUAAUGAGGACGAGAUAUAUAUUAGCUAUGAAAUUGCCAAUAAGUCAGAUCUUCAUAGGCUGGUGUUAACAACAAAUGGAUUUGUCAAGAGGAUUUACUGGAGUGAUGAUGAAAAUGGUUGGAGAGACUUCGCAUCCUUGCCUGUGGAUGACUGUGAUUACUAUGAAAAAUGUGGAGCAUAUGCUAGCUGUAAUGUAAACAAUUUUCCUGUAUGCAAUUGCUUGGAUGGAUUUGUGCACAAAACAUCAGAUAUACACAGUAGUUGUGUGAGGAGAACUUCAUUGAGUUGUGAUGGAGAUGGAUUUUUUAAGUUUUCAGGGUUGAAAUUACCUGACACAGAGAGAUCCUGGUUUGAUAGAAAUAUGAGCCUUGAAAAUUGUAGGAUAUUGUGCAUGAAGAAUUGCUCCUGUACAGCUUAUGCAGCUUUGGAUGUCAAUAAUGGGCCAAGUGGGUGUUUACUUUGGUUUAAUGAUCUGAUUGACAUAAAAGAAUUGACGGAAGCUGAUGAAGAUAUAUACAUAAAGAUGGCUGGCACAGAAUUAGAAGCUAUUGAAAGAAAGCAAUCACAUAAAUCCAUCACCCGGAAGCGAAAGACUGUUAUCAUAAGCUGUGUGUCUAUUGGAAUUUUAAUCUUAUGCUUAAUCUUCAUCAUUUAUAGAUGGUGGAAGACACAGCAGAAAGGAAAGAUGAAAGGCAAUCCAGAAAGUGAUGCAAAUGUAAUAGACGAGAACGAGAAGGAAGACCUAGAGUUACCCAUGUUUGACUUGUCUACAAUUAGAUUUGCAACCAAUAACUUUUCAGCUGACAACAAACUAGGGGAAGGUGGUUUUGGAGCAGUUUAUAAGGGUAUCCUGGAUGAUGGAUGUGAGAUAGCUGUCAAGAGGCUCUCAAAGAAUUCAAGCCAAGGACUCCAAGAGUUCAAAAAUGAGGUUAUGCAUAUUGCCAAACUUCAGCACAGGAAUUUAGUGAAGCUGCUAGGGUACUGCAUUCAAGCAGGGGAAAGAUUGCUGAUCUAUGAAUAUAUGCCCAACAAAAGCUUGGAUUUCUUCAUAUUUGAUAAAAAUAAGAGCAAGUUACUAGAUUGGCCAAGGCGCUUGCACAUUAUCAAUGGGAUUGCUCGCGGUCUUCUUUAUCUUCAUCAAGAUUCAAGGCAUAGAAUAGUUCAUAGAGAUCUUAAAGCCGGAAAUGUUUUGCUAGAUAGUGAAAUGAACCCAAAAAUCUCGGACUUUGGACUUGCUAGAAGCUUUGGAGGAACUGAAACCGAAGCAAACACAAUGCAUGUAGUUGGAACAUAUGGCUAUCUGCCGCCAGAGUAUAUAAUUAAUGGAGCUUACUCAACAAGAUCUGAUGUAUUCAGCUUUGGUGUGUUGAUAUUGGAGAUAGUGAGUGGAAAGAGAAAUAGAGGUUUCUGUCAUGAAGAUAAUCUUUUGUCACAUGCAUGGAGACUAUUUACUGAAGAAAAAUGCACUGAAAUAGUUAAUAAAACUAUAAGAGACUCACUCAAUUUAUCUUCAGUGCUAAGAUCAGUUCAUGUGGGACUACUAUGUGUGCAACUAAAUCCAGAUGACAGGCCAAGCAUGUCAUCUGUGGUACUGAUGUUGAGCAGUGAAUGCACACUGCCUCAGCCUAAAUUGCCUGGAUUCUUUACAAAUAGAAAUAUGGUUGGUGACAGUUCUUCAUCAAACAGUAACAAACAAUACUCAAAUAAUGAUAUCACAAUCAGCCUAAUGUCUGCUAGAUAGGUUGCAUUUUGAACUUAAUUUUGGAGCAGUUUAAUGAUGUAGAUAAGUAGUGAGUAAUGACUAGUGAAAUUGCUUUUCAUAUUUCAUAUGUAUGUAUUUCCAUGUGAGAUCAGACACAAGUUAUUGCAACAAUAAAUGUUUUCAAUUUCAAAAUAAAAAAUAAUAAUUGG